AUGUCUAUGUUCAAACGUCGUAGUUUAGAAUCGACAAAAUGUAGUCAAAAUGUGUACGAAGAAGAAUGCCAGCGUCUAAAACGUGAUUUUGAACUUUUGUAUUCUCAGCGUGAGGAAGCGGUAGAAAUCAUUCGUACAGUAAAUGCCGGAAUAACCGAAGUGAUAUCGAGUUUGCAAGACAAUAAUCCGGAACCAUUAGCUGAAACCGUUCAAAUAAAUGCAAGUCUAUUAACUAGUUUGGCAGCAAAAGUAUCAGAUGUUGAUCAUACUGACGGUUUGGAUUGUCAAGACGAUUAUUUUAAAAACGAUGAAUAUGAUAUUAAUUCAAAAAGUAUGAAGCACAAUGACAAAGGAUUAAAGACUGAACUAGUAAUUCUGCAAAGUAUGGUCAAUCGACUACGCACUGAACAGAUAAGGUUAACAAAUUCUUUAAAAGAAAAAAAUGAUAAAGAAAAGGAAAAAAUCCAAAAAUCUCAUUCUCAUCGUCGGUCGAAAGUAUUCACUGAAGGAAAUGAGUAG